UCGUAGUAGGCGGAGCUUCCUCAGCCUAGGUAGUCACACCAACGCUUUGCACGCUGGACGGAAAAAAAUACAAAUGUGCGUGGAGAGGGAAUGGGGGUCGAGGCUGGGCGAGCUGGGCCCGGUACAUACGAGUACCUUUGUAGUUGGCUAGCCAUCGGUCGCAGUUUGGUGGCUGGCACAGCCUCCGAGCCACUGGUGACUGCUAGCCUUCAAGGCAAGAUAGGAAAAGACGCGGGAGUAGAGCUGAGGGUGCAUUUGACGGCAUUAUUUUUGGCAUCCGUCCCAACUAUUACGGCAAGCGUGUGUCGAUCCUCUUGUGCAUCGGGAACAAAACAUGCCCACCAAGCCACUUCGCCCCAACGGUGCUACGACGACCCCAGACACGGAAGCAGACAAAGAACACGCUCCUUGCACCGACGAACGAUGAAUUCGCCAAGAUAUCGUUUCGUGGGCCGUCGAGUCUAGAUGAGUUGUCCUUGUCGUUAUGCGUUCAUGGCCAGCAUUACCUGUUUGUACAUACAAGUGUACAUGUACAGCGAAACACCAGCCAUGCAAGCAAACCGUAGGCUUGUCCUGGAUGGCGGCAAUAACCAGGUUAGCCUAGUGCACCGCCGAUGUGGCAGCCCAAGCCUGCAUGUGCAUGUUACUCUGUUUCAGCGAACGAAGCUGACCUCCCAACUGCAUGAUGCGGAUGCCCCGCCGUAGUCGUUGUUCGUUCCCCGUCCUGCAAGGAAGCAUGAUGUUGUAAUACAAACAUCUUUGCUGCAUCGCUAGUUUGUAAAAAUCGAUGGGUGGACCAUAUCCAGAAAUUCCGUCCGAUUUGGGAGUGUCGCGCAAAAGCUCCUAGCCCGCACGUCGAUAGUCAUCGAAAAUGUAGGUCAUCAUGUACGUGAGGCUUGGGGUGUUGACAUUUUCCUUAGUAUCUCGUAAGCUCACGCACGUAUGUGGCUGGGGAGUGACAGGGCGCAUCAUCCAGCAAAUGGAAGCAUAACCGAGAUGAAGUUUCCGCCCUGGUGUUGUCAACCUUCGAAUCUGUCGAUGUACAAAGUCGAGUACAAGGUUGAUUGAAUUGUGGGAGCCAGGUACCCGGGAAAGUUUGCGAUUACGUAACACACGCGAUAUUGCAACACCAUUCAUGUCCAUCACGAGACCAAAAAGACGAGGGUAAAGAAUGACAGAUGCGACGCAAUAAACUGCCAGGUGUGUAAUGCUACAUGCACACGUAGUAUUCGUUGAUAAUGGCAAAACUAAACAAGGUUUUGCGUGAUUAGAAUUGCGUAUAUUGAUAACAAAACUCAGGAAACAUACUAUCAGAAAUUCCCCUUAGAUUCGUGCCCUCAACCACGAAAAUACAAGCAACGGUCCCCAUAGACACCCCCUUCACCCGUCACAACAUCUUAGCCCAUUUCCUUCCCUAGUCCACCUCCUCUCUCGGGACUUCCCAGUACCCCCCAUUCAUACCUCGACCCCCGACUGCCGACCGUAACGACGCGCCUAGCAGAGAGAUCGCGCGAUGAAACCCCGCGUAUCGACAAUGGCAAGGGAGGUUGACGCCUUGUUGCAGAUCCUGGUCCGGGGGAGCGAGUCUGCCUGAAGCGCAUAUACAGCGGCGUUUCUCCAUCGUUCGUGUGUUGAGCUCUUUCAGUGCUCCCAGUGUCGAUCUGGUACUCGAUAGAGGCUUUUUUCCUUUUCUUCGUUCAGUAUUAU